GUCGGAUGACAUGACAUUUGAAAAUCAUCUGUUUUGUGCAAAUACCGAACAUAAUUGUAAUUUGUUUUAAUUAAUUCAGAUACUAAUUUUACUGUUCAAAUUAAGAUAAUAAAGUGUUAAGUGUGUGAAUUACAAAAAUGGCUACGCCUGCAGAUGUGAGAUCGCAGUUCGAAGCGAAAUUAAAAGACUCACCAAAUAACUUCCACCCUUUGGACUUAGAUCGUGUGAAGGACGAAAAAUAUCUUCGUAGAGUGUUAAAACACGUUGAUAAUGAUAUAAAACUGGCCGUCGACAUGUUAUGGGAUAUAUUUACAUGGCGGAAAUCCGUUGGGGCGAAUGAAAUUAAUGAAUCUAAUAUUAGAAUGGACUAUAUAAAUGAAGGUGUCUUUUUCCCGAGAGGUCGUGAUAUCGACGGUUGCUUACUAUUGAUAAUAAAAUCAAAAAUGCAUGUCAAAGGACAGAAAGACUUUGAGGAGAUAAAAAAAGCGAUUAUCUACUGGUUCGAUCGUAUUGAACGAGAGGAAAAUGGUAAUAAAAUAACUUUAUUCUUCGAUUUAGAUGGCUGUGGAUUAAGCAACAUGGAUAUGGAGUUGACUAAUUACUUGAUAUCAUUAUUCAAAAGUUAUUACCCCUUUUUCUUGAAUUACAUAAUUAUUUAUCAAAUGCCAUGGGUUAUGUCGGCUGCAUUUAAAGUUAUCAAAUCUCUUCUGCCUGCAAAAGGUGUUGAAAAAAUGAAAUUCGUUAGUAAAGAUACAUUAAAAGACUUUGUACCUCCCGAACAAGCGUUAACAUGUUGGGGAGGCAAAGAUAAUUAUACAUUCGAGUUUAUAUCCGAGAAGUCUGAGAUUAUAUCUAAAAAGGUGACAUUUGCGGAACAAGGAGAUAGCCAACAUUCCCCUGGAGAGAUGCUACGUAUAUCCCCGAAUGAUACAAUAAUAUUUAAAGCGGAAAAUGAUGAUAUAUCAGGGCAAAUAACUAUUACAAAUAUGGAUGAAAGCGUUGUAUCUUUUAAAAUACGCACAACAUCUCCGGAGAAGUUCAGAGUUCGUCCCAGCAGUGGUGUGUUACCAAGCGGUGUUUCCCAAACAAUACUAAUCGUAGUACAACCAGGAUUUCAUCUUCGUACCGUGACUAAAGACCGUUUUCUUGUCAUGUCAGUCCAAAUACCUAAAGCAGAUCUAUCACAGAAGGAGAUCACCGAUAUCUGGCAGAAUUCGUCUGGCAGUAAGGUCGAUGAGUACAGAUUGAAGUGUCAUUUCCCAGAAAAAGCAGUAUCUAAAAAUGGUAACUUAUUAGAGAAGGAACCGGAGAAAUCUGAUACUGUGACGAAUGCUUUGAAUAAUUUACAAAUGAAUUACGAAGUUUUACAUAGGCAGAUAAAUAAGUUGAAGAUUUACCAGUUUUUUACGUUGAUGCUGACGGCUGUUGCGGUACUGCUUGGUUAUUUAGUCUACAAGAAUACCGAGGAAAGAUAUUGUGAUAUUUAGCCCUUACAUUAUGUGGUAUUUGAUACCACAGUCAAUAUGAAGUCUGUGUUAGAUGGAUUGAUUAUUGUUAUUCUUGUAAUGAACACUUUUUUGUACGUAAGAUAUUGUCAACUUGUGCAGAAAGUUGAGAUGUUACAUAAUGAAAAUUAAUAUUACUGCGAAAUCUAACCUUAAUUCGUGAAUUGUGAACAUUUAAAAAUAUAUUACCAACAUUGGGAAAAUAAUGUAAAGUGUUCCCUUAUAACGCGAUUUUACGAAACUACCGUACUUUUCUCAUGUCUAUUUGUUUUUCAGUACCAACCUUAGGAAAAAAAUCUUGAAAUCUAUUAAUUUUUUUUUUAAUUUACACAAACAUACAACUAGUUACCAGUUUACAAUUAUCUAAAAAAAAUCUUGUAUUAUUAGUUAUUUUUUGAAAUCAGAACUUUCAUUUAUUAACAAAAAAAUUAAGAUUAGAUUUUAUAAACUAGAUACUUGUUAUAUUGCAAUGUAAAUAAACAAAAAAAAAUAGUAAAGGUGUACAUACAUUAUAUUUCUUGCUUUAAACAAACUAUCAUCACCAACUCACUAUAUGUCCAUAUAGGGUAGCUAGGGUGACUAAGCCAUAGUCAACCACACUGGCCCAGUACGGGUUGAUAACAAGCUAUAAAUGUAGCUAUUUCCUUGUUUCUUGCAUUUUUAUAUAUCUUUUUUGUCAUCUUACAUAUUUUCUGUUAUUUCUGUGAAGGAAUCUUGACAUUGAUUUUA